UAUGAACAGUUAGCUUCACCACCCAACAUAAAGACAUAUCAUUAUACAAACAUAUCAUUAUAAGUAUUAUGAUGACAAAAGUAUGAAGAGAAACUGGUGUUUCAUGAUUAGAGACAAAGAAGUUGAUGAAUAAAACGUGUAAGACACCUCGCUCGGCACGAGGCGCCUAACACAUGCUGAAACGAUGAGGACUUGGGCGGAUGGUUACCGGGCAACGCAAAACCCCGCUCAGCCAAUCAGAGACUCGCAGAUCGCAUGCGGGGAACGGAUCCCCGUGUAUUUUUAAAUCCAUGCGCCGUGAGAGCUGCACUCUUUGACUUCCGACCAUCUAUGGUAAUCAUGCUCCACAUCUGUGCACCAACACAGUACAAACCGGAUUAUCAUCAUUAUUAUUUAAAGAAAAACCUAAAUAAUAAUAGGCUAAGUUUGUGAAAUAUAGUGCGUCAUCGUGAAAGGUGGAUUUUUUUUUUGUUUUUUUGGGGGGGGGGGAGGAGGAGGCGGAGGAUGUAGUGGAGGGGUAUAUACUUUUACCCAGCAGGCUGUUCGGCCUAUAAGAAGGCGAGGCAGCGCUGUGGAGUCAGAAGAGCAGAAUCGAAUGCGGAACACUGAGUUGGCGAGUGUGUGAGAGAGAGAGCGAGAGAGCGAGAGCGAGAGUGUGUGUGUGUUUGUGGAUGGAGCAACAAAACUUUCCUUAACGACCCUGCGUUUCCUCCUCCGCGUCGUGUGAGCGCUUCGACUGGAUCCCGAGUUAACGGCAGGUCUGAUUUUUGUCUGAAGGAACCCUAACGAUGGCGAACAUGUCCGAGGCGUCAAACAGCAGCAAGAGCGAGUCGUGCAGCGUCCUUACCUGGGAUCAGGUGAGCCGGUUAAACGAGGUGCUGAGCGAGCCGGUGCCGGUCCACGGCCGGGGCAACUUCCCUACCCUGGAGGUGCGGCUGAAGGAAAUCGUCCAGAAGGUGCGCGUCCGGCUCGAGCAGAGCGGCAUCAAAGUCAACGACGUUCGCUUGAACGGCUCCACGGCCAGCCACGUGCUGGUGAAGGACAUUGGCUGGAGCUACAAAGAUCUGGAUGUCAUCUUCAGAGUCGAUCUCCCCCAGGAGACCGAGUUCCAGCUCAUCAAAGAUGUGGUGCUGAGCACUUUGUUGGACUUCCUGCCAGAAGGGGUUAACAAGGAGAAGAUCACACACAUGACCCUGAAGGAGGCCUACGUGCAGAAACUGGUCAAAGUGUAUACGGAGCAGGACCGCUGGUCUCUUAUCUCCCUGUCCAACAAUAACGGACGCAACGUGGAGCUGAAGUUCGUGGACUCGAUCCGCAGGCAGUUCGAGUUUAGCGUGGACUCCUUCCAGAUCGUUUUGGACUCCGUGCUGUCUUAUUACGACCUCUCGGAAAAGCCCAUGUCUCAGCAUUUCCACCCUAGUGUGGUGGGCGAGAGCAUGUAUGGUGACUUUGCUGUGGCUCUCGACCACCUCAGGAACAAGGUGAUUGCCACCAAAAGGCCAGAGGAGAUCCGUGGGGGCGGUUUGCUGAAAUAUUGUAACCUCCUGGUGAGAGACUUCAGGCCCACGGACGAGGAGGCGUUCAAAGCGUUGGAGCGCUACAUGUGCUCUCGGUUCUUCAUCGAUUUUCCUGACAUCGGCGAGCAGCAGCGGAAACUUGAGGCCUACCUGCAGAGUCAUUUUGUCGGUGAGGAGAAAAGCAAGUAUGACUACCUCAUGAUUCUGCGACGGGUUGUGAACGAGAGCACGGUCUGCCUCAUGGGACACGAGAGGAGGCAGACGCUUAACCUCAUCUCACUCACAGCGUUCCGGGUGCUCGCCGAGCAGAACGUCAUACCAGAUGCCUCUAACGUGACCUGUUAUUACCAGCCAGCACCUUAUGUCCGAGACCUGAACUUCAGUAACUAUUAUGUGGCCUCUUGUAACCAGUCCAUUCCAACAUGGCUGCCAUGUAACUAAAACUCUCAAUGAUGCUUUAUUAAUGAAGGGGUGGGGGGGAAAAACAGCUGUUUGGCCAUGAGUGGUAUUUUCCUGUGUGGGCAUAAAGGAUAUUUAAAAGGACAAGCAUUCUAUCUUAAUUAGUUUGUUUUUGUUCCUUUUUCUUUUUUUCUUUUUUUUUUUUUUUGGGGUUAGGGUGGACUCGGCUAAAUUCUUAUCUGUCAGUGUGUCAAGACCUUUGGAUCCAAAGUAAUAUAUAUAUAUUUUUAGAGCUUGGAUUAUCUAUAUUGGGAGGUUGGCGGAGGGUGUCAUGCUCCC